AUGACGCCUACGGAAGCCACGAAGAAGAGAUGUGGGAACAGGAAGUCGCUGCUUAAGAGGAAACCAGCGUAAUCCCAUCUGUACCGACUGCCGGUGCUCGGUGAGUCGGCUGUACCUCAAACGGGAGUGACAGGAAGAGUAGUACCGCUCAAGGAAAGCUAUACUGAUUUAAUUACCGCCGUCAUGUACGCUCCGCCGGGUUCUACCAUACCUGGAGGCAGGAGGAGGAGAGCGGGCACAUCGCUACCCAAGCAACCGGAGCGGAGUCUGGUGUCGGCGCUGCCCGGAGCGCUGUCCAUCACAGCGCUUUGCACGGCUCUGGCUGAACCGGCCUGGCUCCGUGUUCAUGGGGGUACCUGUCCCAGGCAAGAGCUGGGAGUGGCAGAUGUCCUGGGUUACAUAGAUCCAAAGCUUUUGGAUGAUUACUGCAUGAACCCACAGACCAUCCUGCUGCUGAGAGUCAUAGCUGCUUUCUGUUUCCUGGGCAUCCUGUGCAGUCUAACUGCUUUUUUAUUGGAUGUAUUUGGACCCAAACACCCCGCCCUGAAGAUCACUCGUAGAUAUGCCUUUGCACAUAUACUCACAGUGUUGCAGUGUGCCACAGUCAUAGGCUUUUGCUACUGGGCCUCAGAACUGAUCUUGUCACUCCAGCAGCAGCACAAAAAGUAUCAUGGCUCCCUCAUCUAUGUCACGUUCGCCAUCAGUUUCUACCUGGUGGCAGGUGCGGGCGGCGCGUCCAUCCUCGCCACUGCCGCCAACCUCCUCCGCCACUACCCCACCGAGGAGGAGGAGCAGGCUUUAGAGCUGCUCUCGGAGAUGGAGGACAGCAGCGAGACUUUUCCCACUGAUUAUGACAUUGCCAAUCAGUUUCAGCCGCCUCCAGCCUACACGCCCUAAUCCCACCAGACUGGCCUUGCAAAACAUGUUUCUCUCUCAGCUCUUUGCUUUGUGUGCAAACAACACUCUUUAAAUGGAUACCUUUCCAAAUACUCUUGGCAAUGAACACAGUGUGUGCACAGCUUCAUUGAAUGACAGUGCUUGGGGUGCAUGAAAUCUUUAGUGGUGACAGCAAUUUAGGAGAUAAUUCUUACUUUCACCACUGGAGUGGUUAGUGAUUUGCAUGUAAAUGGCUUUUAGGGUCUGGUCUUUACAUGUAAAGGUAAAUAAACUGCAGAGAGUAUUACCUAUGCUCAUUGAGGAAGCAGCCACAUCCGAUCUGUGCUGUUGUUGAAUUAAUGCGGUCAGCUGUUGAAGUGAUUGGACUUGGGUGGAGCUUUUUGAUUUUGAUUUGGUGUUUUUGUGUAUGUCUGCUUUUUCUUUACGCAUCCUAAAUGCAGAGAUCUGUGUACACUGACAAGAUUGUUUUAAGCAUUUAUUUUAUAUAAAAUAACAAAUGGACCUUAUUUAUUGUAUGUGCUGUCUUUUUAUGUUUGUUUUCCUUUUGUUUGUAGGCAUCAGUCACUGUAGGUUCAUCUUUGUAUUAGAAAUACUAGGAACACUUUUCAAAAUGUGGCACUUUUUUGUGUGUGUGUGUGUGUUUAGAAACGCCUACAGAAUGUGUUGCGAGCUGGUGGUCAUACAGGAAGGAGAUGUUUUCAGCAACAAACCUCACUUCAUAAGUCAGUUAUGUCAUGUUAAUUGUAUUUGAUUUUUUUUUAAAAAGAAACAAAAUCUUGUGAAUACCAUGAGUGAAAAUUUCAGUAUGUUUCCCCAUUCAUCAGUUUUAAUUGUCAGUUUUUCAGAUUCAGUCAGAAUCUUGUGUGAAGAUCCAACAUAAGAUUCCUGCUGUGGGUUAAAUUAGUGGCUGAAGUGAUUGUAAUUGGUUGUACAUUGAUUGUUCUGUUUCAAAUCACUUACUACAUUUUGUCCCUCACUGUAGUUUCUUCACUUAUAUGUAAAUAACCAUUGUUUAUACAUAAAGUGGCCAUAAUAAAGUAAAUGCCAUAUACUGUC